UCUCCUAACAUUGACAGAGGAUACCAGUACUUGUUGAGCGAUAAAAGCCAUUAAUCACGAAGUACAUCUAAAAGUUUGGAAGUGAUCGAACUCUUAACGAUUUUAUUUGAUUUGGAACCCCAAAAACUAACGAUCACACUGCUGUGGUCUGUGAUUUCAUUAAAAAUUACGCCAGCGUAAGAGAAUGUAUUCGGUAUUUGAGCCGUUUGCACGAUUUUCGCGACUCCGCAAGAUCGAACUGCUUCUGUAUCUGGCAGUAUGGACCAGCGCCGUGGCGUACGCUGCAUACAAUUUCUUCCUGUUCUGCCAGAAUUAUCGCAAUUAUUUGCAACACGCAUCCCAUUUGUACCGCAGCUGGCUCUACCAGACCUCGGUGCAAGACCGUGGUGACUUUGAGUGGGGAUACUGGAAGAGCAGCAAUUAUCUGUGUGUCCCGUUGCUCAUUCUACGCACGCUGCUGUACAGAUUCUGCGCAGUGCCCUCGCACCUGCUCCUCUUGUUCGAUCUCACUGCGUGCACCAUAACCAUUGGUCUCCACGGGACGCUCUUCCAGAUUGGUUUGUCGGGGUUGUUCUUCUUCGUUGCACUGGCCAAUCAGCCGUUUCUCGUGUGGAUCCUGGCCAUCGCCAUCUGCUUCCUCCGCUACGUCUAUCCAGGCCACGACGUGUUGUCGUCCAUGGACAUCUACGACCAUUACCGUGUGGAGUGCUCCACGUGCUAUCUCGUGGUGCGAUGCAUCUCCUUCGCCUAUGACUAUUCCAGUAACAUCGAGCGCAUGGAAGGACAACCGCUGCGGAAAACGCUGUUCCAGUUUCUGCGUUAUGCUUUCUUCCUGCCGCUGAUGUGGGUCGGACCAAUCGUGCCGUUCUAUGAGUUCAGCGAGAAGGCGGAAAAUCCCAAACGAAUUCCCCGAAACGAGUUCCUGCUGUUUGUUCACCGUAUCGUCACGUCGGCCAUUUUAUUUGAAUUAAUGUCUCAUUUCCUCUAUCCGUUUAGCGUGCGUUAUUUAAUCGGGCGCCUUCACGGAACAAUGAGUCGCUGGGCCUUGGCGGGUAUUUGUUAUGCCCUGGGGCAGUUUUUCCAACUGAAGUACAUGGCGUUGUUUGGUCUGUUUAGUUUCUUCUCGAAACUGAAUGGCGUGGAUUCGGUGCAGUUUCCGAUCUGCGUCACCUGGACACACCGUUAUUCAUUGAUGUGGAAAUAUUUCGAUCACGGACUGUACGUGUUUUUACGGCAGUACAUUUAUCUUCCCUUUGCAAAGCGCCGCCUGGGAAAGCUGGUCAGUUCGUUGGGUUGCUACAUGUUUGUUCUGUUCUGGCAUGGAGUGACACUGCACAUGUUCUGCUGGGUGGGACUCAACUGGAUUGCUUUAUAUUUGGAAACCACCCUGUAUGAAAAAGUGAAUCACUUUCGAUUGCGCGCGCUGCUCAAUGCCCCCAUAUUUGCCAUAUCAGUCGUUUCCAAUAUGUUCUUUCUGGGGGAAAGUUAUGACUUCGGCUAUGAAGUGCUCACUCGGUUGCUGGUGUUUAAUCAUCCGUUAAGCAUUGCCGGCAUACUGUUCGCGUUGUAUUGUUGCUCGGCGAUUGGUGAUGUGUUCGAAGUGAUGAAGUACCGGCGAAAAACAUUUGCAGCUGAAGUUCCGGACCACACGGCGAUAGAAGACGAACAAGGUGCCGGUGAUACCGCUGUCAAUGAAAAGAAACCCAAAAGACGUACUGAUGAAAUGCCAGCGAAAUCCUAAAAUGAUUAUCUUUGCUGCAGCCAUUUGCUGUAACCUUGACAACAAACCUUGCCUUUCUCAUUUUGUUUCCAUUCUAUAGCAUAAUCUCUGUGGCCACUGGCCAAGUAUUCAAGUGGUCGGAUUUGCCCAAAGUAUUUUGUUGAUUUUAUAUUUUGUAAAACAUUUGCACCAGAAGUUUACAGGAUAUAUGAUUAUGAGGUUUUUGCAUUCAAUAAAUCACAGACUACAAAUUUCGUAGUUAUCACUUUUAUUUUCGCGACAAACCAUCUUUAGAGUGACUUUAAACCUUUCAAGUACAAAUGCAUCAUGGCAGAAAUAUU